CUCUUGCCACCACUAGGGCUAGAGAGUCUCUUCCCUUCUUUGCCCCGCCUGCUCCCUUUGCCAAGAACCCCACUGAACAGGAAGAGGUAUUUCUCGGGGAUGCUACCAAGGCAGAGACUGUGAAGAAGGAAGAACGUUGCUUGGGCAAAAGGAGCAUAUUCUCAGGAGACGGGGCCCCUGCCUGCCACACCAAGCAUUAGGCCACCAGGAAGACCCCCAUCUGCAAGCAAGCAGGGAGAAAGAGGUGAGUCUGUCUGUCUGUCUUGGCUGCAUGGACUGUUGACCAAUGCCAAGACCUUCAGGGAUGCCUGUCCUGUCUCUCACCUACCCCUGGUAUUUGGAAGAUUGAGGCUUCUGACAACUUAAGUCAGUAUGGUGAAGGCUACAGACUAAGGUCCUUGGGAACAAGGGUCAUUUCAAGGAUAAGGGUUCUCAAAAUACAGGAGAGGGUUUAAUUAUUAGACAGAAUUUAGGAGGCCACAAACAGGGUAAGGCUGAGGCCUGGAAUAGGGAAUGAGUGAAGGAGAGGCAGUAUGCCAAGUUCCAAGGCUCCAAUCAAUACAUGGUUCUUUCUGUGUUCGCGGCCCAUGUUGGGUCACCUCCUGGUACCUGUCAAUGUCAUGCCUGUCUUCCAAGCCUGCCUUGCUUUGGGUACUCUGAGCGAGAGGCUGGGAUAUGUCCUAGUGAAAAGCAGCCUUGUACCCGAAUUCUGAUGCUGCUGUGCUCUAAUCUUCACAGGCCCCUGCAGCUCCUUCAUCAUGAACUGGCACAUGAUCAUCUCUGGGCUUAUUGUGGUAGUGCUUAAAGUUGUUGGAAUGACCUUAUUUCUACUUUAUUUCCCACAGAUUUUUAACAAAAGUAACGAUGGUUUCACCACCACCAGGAGCUAUGAAACAGUCUCACAGAUUUUUGGGAGCAGUUCCCCAAGUCCCAACGGCUUCAUUACCACAAGGAGCUAUGGAACAGUCUGCCCCAAAGACUGGGAAUUUUAUCAAGCAAGAUGUUUUUUCUUAUCCACUUCUGAAUCAUCUUGGAAUGAAAGCAGGGACUUUUGCAAAGGAAAAGGAUCCACAUUGGCAAUUGUCAACACGCCAGAGAAACUGAAGUUUCUUCAGGACAUAACUGAUGCUGAGAAGUAUUUUAUUGGCUUAAUUUACCAUCGUGAAGAGAAAAGGUGGCGUUGGAUCAACAACUCUGUGUUCAACGGCAAUGUUACCAAUCAGAAUCAGAAUUUCAACUGUGCGACCAUUGGCCUAACAAAGACAUUUGAUGCUGCAUCAUGUGACAUCAGCUACCGCAGGAUCUGUGAGAAGAAUGCCAAAUGAUCACAGUUCCCUGUGACAAGAACUAUACUUGCAACUCUUUUUGAAUCCAUAUAGGUUGUCUGGCCAAUGAUUCUCUUACUUACCUAUCUGUCUACCAGUAGCGGUCCUUGCCCAUUUGGGAAACUGAGCUUCUUUCUUCUGCACUGGGGGACUGGAUGCUAGCCAUCUCCAGGAGACAGGAUCAGUUUUAUGGAAACAACUCAGUUGGUAUAGAGAUGAGGUCUGCUUCUGUAGUACUGAGCAUUUCUGACUGAUCAAAAAGGCCUAGUCUGUUGACAGGGUUUGUUUUAUUUUAGCCUCAGAGUAUACCAUACUACUAGGGAGUAACUGUAGAGUGAGAAAUUAUAAACAUUAUUUAGGGAUUAUCAUGGUGGAAGAGGGAUAAACAUAGGUCCUGUGACUUCAUCUCUGUUCUCAAGGGAACCCCAUUCACAUGCCCCUCCUAACUCCACAAGCCAGGGUAGCAGAGGCUCUCCUCAGUCCGAACUAAGGCUUGGCCUUGGGGAGGGCUCCUAGUGCUGAGCUUGGAGCAGCAGGGACAGCAGCAUUGUUUAUGGGAAUGGAGAGAGGUCUGGGCAGGAUAGGAACCUUCUUGGAGACCCCUUUGAAGAAAACCAGGCAGCCAAGGGAACCAAACACACUAGAUUUCUGUUCUUCAGCAAAGCCCUGAAGAGACACUUAAGCUAAAAAUUCCCUUGUCAUAUUUCUGAAACUCCAUUAUAACAUAUGUAACUCCUUUGUAACCAAAAUUUAGGUAAGCAGGCUUCUUUUGCUCUGAAGGUUUUGAGUACCUGGCUGUAUUUGUUGAGUAUAUUUUUAAAUUUUUGGAUAGUCUCUUAGGCAACAAUAAUCACAAUAUAUUCGUCCCUUCAGUUCUGGAGAAAGCCUGAUACCAGGCACAGCCUACUGACCCCAAGGAGCCUGGCACUGGUUGGCAUCACAUUGAUCUAGAACUGGUCCAGCCGACGAAGCAGUAGAAAAAGAGAAGGGCUGCUCAGGGAAACAUUGGCUGGGGGCAAGGAAUAAGCACAUAGUAAAAAGGGAACAUCAGGGUCAAAUGGAAAUCACCUAAGACAGGAAACAGGGAGUUCAUUUGGCCACACUGGAAGAAAGGCAAGAAAGAGGAAGAAAAGUCUUGGAGUACCCUGGCUGUUCUCCACACUCACAAGACAUCAGCUAUAUACUCUGCUUGGUGCAUAAGAAAGAGAAAAGAGAUGCCUUUUGUGUUUUGAGUAAGAAUAAUUAAACCAUAAGGAAGACCAUGUAUAAAACUGAUGGAAAUAAUAGUCACCUAAGUACAGCACAUACCAUUUUGUGUCUAAUAACAAUGUACCACAGUAAUGACUGUACAUAUCAUUGUAUGUAUACCAAACAAGAUUGUUGUAAAUCAUAUUUUUUAUUACAACACUAAGUUCUGCUUCUGCAUUCCUAGGUUUCAUCAUUUUUGGCUCCUUAGCAUGGCCACUUACAAUUUUUUAACAUGAGAUAACACAUCAGGUGUCAGAACUUGCUUGAAGGGAAUUACCAGAAGUAAUUUGUGUUUGAGAUGGGGUGGAAAUUGGAAUUAUAUUAGUAGCCGGUGGAGAUACAAGUUCUCUGACUGUGUUGGGAAAGGAUAAGUGCUACCGUUGAGAAGGGAAGAAAGGCUGAGUCUAGGUGGAGAAAAAUAUCAACAGAACUCUAGCCAAAGGCAAGCCCCAGAACUCAGACAACAGAAAGGAAAUCCUAAUCCUUCUGUUUUGAGAAGACAGAACUGUAGUUGCUUCACUUCCUAUUUCAUGACAGAAUAACUGCAAACUUUUAAGAUCAGGAAAUGUAGACAUCUAGUGAUUUCUUUAGUAGACAGUUUAAUUUCCCCCAAGAUUAGGAGACACUUCUGUGCAGGUUCUAAAAGGAGCCCAAUGGCCUGGGGUGGGAGUGGGGAGUAGAUAGGGAAUACGUGGGCUUUGGUUUAAGUUCAUCAUUGGGAGAGUUCCUGGAUCCUUGCAAGCUUAGAUAUAUGUGAUCUUUAUUAGAUAGCAGUGGCAUGCUUUUAAAAAAAAAGGCAAUGAAAAUUUAGCAAGCCACUGAAUUUGAGUUUUCACUUUGUUUCUAAUAUGCUGUGUGAAUCAGUACAGUUUUCUUACCCUUUCUUGGUCUUAAUUUCCUUACUGAUAAAAUGGGGUAGUAAUACCUAUCUCAAAAAAUUAUUGCACAUAUUAAAUAACAUUCCUCUAUGUAUCUCAAUGGCAUUAGACAUUAGGAGAAGCAUUUUGUGGAGGAUUUGAAGUUGAGAUCUUCAUCCAAGAAGUAGCUUUUCAAUUUGCUAGAAGCUUAAUGUAGGCAACCCACUUAAUUUUUCAGAACUUGUUUACUCAUUUAUAAUAUGGGAAUAAAAAUUUGCGCAAGUCAGAGAAGGGUGCCUUAAAAAUGUUGUGGCCAAGCCACAUGAGAUCAAAGGCACACUUUUCAUGACCUCAAAUGUGGGCCCAGCCUAGGUCAGCCAACCCCCAUCCAACCCUUAGACUCACGAACAAAUCCACCUGAGAUCAGCAGAGCCACCCUAGAUCAGCUGAAACUCUAAGCACAAAAAUAAAAACUUAUCACUGUAUACCACUGGAGUUUUCUGGUUGUCUCUCGUAUAGCAAAAUCUAACUGAUGCAAUCUCCAUCUGGCCUUCAUCCUUCUCCCUUUAUUGUCCUUUCGUGUAUUGUUCAUCCAGCAACCAGGAUGAUCUUGUUAAAACAUUAAACAGAUUCUGUCACUCUUCUUCAGCCCCCUGUGAUGGUUUUCCAAUGUGCUUCUGGAAAGAGCAAACAUCCUUAAAAGGCUCAGUGUGGUGAUUCCUCAAGGAUCUAGAACUAGAAAUACCAUUUGACCCAGUGAUCCCAUUACUGGGUAUAUACCCAAAGGAUUAUAAAUCAUGCUACUAUAAAGACACAUGCACACGUAUGUUUAUUGCGGCACUAUUCACAAUAGCAAAGACUUGGAACCAACCCAAAUGUCCAUCAGUGAUAGACUGGAUUAAGAAAAUGUGGCACAUAUACACCAUGGAAUACUAUGCAGCCAUAAAAAAGGAUGAGAGUUCAUGUCCUUUGUAGGGACAUGGAUGAAGCUGGAACCAUCAUUCUGAGCAAGCUAUCGCAAAGACAGAAAACCAAACACCACAUGUUCUCACUCAUAGGUGGGAAGUGAAUAAUGAGAGCACUUGGACACCAGGCAGGGAACAU